CAAUCAUGCAACAACACAAGGAACUCAUAAUCAAUGAACGAUGUCUUGGAUUGGAUCACCCUGAUACUGCACAUACGUAUAUAAGUUUGUGUCUGUAAAUUUCGCUUAAUCCUCUGUGUUAACUGUAGCAGAAUCUGAGUUACUCAAUUGAGCUAGAGAUUUAUGAAAAGAGCCUUUAAUCCUUCCUCUCCUUUUCAUGGUGACUUCCAGCUACGGGAACAUGGCUCUGUUUUACCACGGUCUGAACCAAACUGAACUUGCGCUGCGACACACGUCCUGGGCUCUACUACUGUUAAGUUUGUCUUCAGGUCCUGAUCACCCUGAUAAGAAUGAAAGGCUUUUUGGAGAAGAACAUAUUCAAACUGCUGCUUUCUACGAUGCACUAGCAAUUGCCGUCAAUUGUAUGGGUGCAUUUAAGCUCUCUCACCAGCAACUGUUCAACAUUAUACAUUCUGGCGUGAACUCUGAAGCAGCUAAUAAUGAAAAUAAUGGAGGCAACAAAAAAGUCAUUGAUCAUCCUCCAAGCAUAGCUGGGGAUGCCCCAGUCAUGAAUCAAAACUGGUACAACAGGAUCUGA